ACUCCCCCUUCUCCAAACCCUCCAUUCUUCCCAUCCUUGGAAAGCGUUCCGCAAUCGAACAAAUCAGCCCAUUUUUUUAACAAAACAGUACCAAAAAUAAAAUCCCGAGAAAGCGCAUGAACCCAUCACCGUUCAUAUUACAUGAUGAAAGAAAAGAAAACCGCCCCAUCUCCGCUGGCACGCUUACCAACGCACCCCUCCCGAUCUCCUCUUCCUUUUUAAACGGAGCGUUUUACACCCCAGGCUCACGUUAGCGUGCCCCCUUCUGGACGUAGGAAUCCGCAAGAGCUAGGGUUUUAGCAUUUCAGCUUGUGAUCUCUGUCUCUCUUCUCUCCUCUCUUCUCUCUCUAUUCGAUCUCAGCCGUUGAUGGCGUCUCUGGCCUUCUUCGGCAUCUGCAUCCUCCACUCCCUGAUCGCCUGCACGUGUGGGGCCCUGAUGAUGUUCUACCUCCAGGAGAUCUCCGUCUUCGGGCACGGCCCGGAGACGGCCACCAAACUACUGGGGUCCACGCCUCAUGAUCAGCUCCUCAUCCAGACGUCCGAUUCGUUCGCUGGCCUCCUUCUCUUUGUGAUCGGGUUCCUCCUCUUCAUGGUCGCCUUCGUCAAGGACCGUGAAUUCCAGAGUUUCUUCGCCAAGGGAUGUGUUCUGCUCCACCUCGCCAUGGCCCUCUGGAGGAUCUACUUCGAGCGCCGGCUCGAGGAUCUGGCCCACGACUGGCCCCGCCAGCUCGUCGGUGACGUCCUUCUCAGCCUCUCUUGGGUCUUCUUCCUCAUGUACUCCUGGAGGGAGAAGUAUGACUGAAGCUGGCUGGCGAUCAGUGGACGACAGUAGCUUCCGCCAUGGUGAAUUGGGAUUUCUGCUCGGAUUGUGGUUUUCCAUAGUCUAUAUGUCGGUACGGCUCCAGCAUGUGAAAAUCUUGUAGAAUUUUGAGUGAGGAGUGGUAGGGUGAUUUUGCGCUCAGAGCAAUCUGAGCGGCAGUUUACCUGAUUAUGUAGCUUACUUGUGUGUGAUCCAGACCGUUAAUCAUGUCGGCGGACCACAAAAAUACCUUGGCAGCACGUGCAUGAGGAAAAAUAUGGAUGUUUUGGAAAAUGAUGACCGAGAAUCUGUAUGGCCCACCUAAUGAAUGUAGGUGUUCCGGAGAUUAUGGGCCAUGGCCUGGUCAUGAUGCGUGGGCCCGAUCUUGCGCAUGCAUGUGUGCUGCAAAUUGUCUCUUCGGUCUCUCACUCGCUUGCAAGUUGCCCUACCAUUCAUCUGUUUCAUGUUGGCGGGUUUUGGAGAUGUGGAUAGGCCAUUUGUGGGUGCGUUUUAGUAGGUUUAUUUGAAUCAUCUUCUCAAGUCUUCCACUUGUUGAUUUUGUCCUGUUUCUUUUUGGCUUUCUUUGUAAAUUUUCUUCACUGGCAUCAAUAAUGAUAUAUGGAAAAUUCAUGAUGA